AUGCCGCUGGGUGCCAUGAUGGAGGCGCGACUGAAGGGCGUCGCGUCGCAGAUCCUGCAACUGCCUGCCCCCAUGAGCAACCCCGAUGUGACCGAGAAGCAGGAGAUGGCAACAUCCCAGCAGAUCAAGCAGCCGUUGUUGGAGAGCGACUUCGCCGACCAGGUGACUGACGACAAGGAGGCGCUCGCGCCCCACCCCGACAACAGAGACGGGGUGGGGCUCGAAGCGAUCGACGCGCACGAGCUGUUGGAGGCGAUCACGAACAAAGGUUGGUGCGACGAUGCUGCUGCAGGGGCCGCGGCCUUCGAGAUCAGCGAGGGCCCCAAGAAGAGGGCCGCGCAACUGGCAUUCCAGGCGGAUCUCGCAUCGUGCUCGGAUGGGAUGCUCGCCCCGAUCGAGCCCCACAAGGCGAAGUACUUGACAGCCAGCG